UGGCGGCGCCGCCGGGGCCGGUGCUGGGUGUCGGUGAGCGGGCCGGGGCUCCCGGGUCAGGAGUUUCUGAUCGGGCCGAGGCUCCCUGAGCGGGCCGGGGCAUCCCGGCGGUGCCGCCAUGUCCAUGUCGCACUUGUACGGCACGGACGGAGACGAUGGCGUGGAGAUGGAGAGCUUCGAGGUGUCGGACUGGGACCUGCAGAACGAAUUCAACCCGCACCGGCAGCGGCACCGCCAGACCAAGGAGGAGGCGACCUACGGCGUGUGGGCCGAGCGCGACUCGGAUGAGGAGCGGCCCAGCUUCGGCGGGAAGCGCUCCAGGGAUUACUCUGCCCCCGUGAGCUUUGUCAGUGCUGGGCUGAGGAAGGCGGCGGCUGAGGAGCUCUCGGAUGAGGACUCGGAUGACGAUGAGAAACCUGUGAAGCAGGAGGAGAUUCCCAAAGAGUUUGUGCCCAAGAAGUUAAAAACAGGUGGAAAUUUCAAGCCCAGCCAGAAAGGCUUUGCAGGGGGCUCCAAGUCCUUCGUGGAUUUUGGCAGCUGGGAGAGACACACUAAAGGAAUUGGGCAGAAGCUUCUCCAGAAGAUGGGAUAUGUCCCUGGAAGGGGUCUGGGGAAGAAUGCUCAAGGAAUCAUCAAUCCCAUCGAGGCCAAGCAGAGGAAAGGCAAAGGUGCUGUGGGUGCUUAUGGCUCCGAAAGGACCACGCAGUCCUUGCAGGACUUCCCUGUGGUGGACUCAGAAGAGGAAGCUGAGGAGCCAGUGGCGGAGGAGCUCGGCCAAUGGCAGAAGGACCCGAAUGGAGGCAAGAAAAAGCCCAAGUACAGCUACAAGACAGUGGAAGAGCUGAAAGCCAAGGGCAGGAUCAGCAAGCAGCUUGCAGCCCCUCAGAAGGAGCUGUCCCAGGUCAAGGUGAUUGACAUGACGGGCCGGGAGCAGAAGGUUUAUUACAGCUACAGCCAGAUCAGCCACAAGCACAACAUCCCAGAUGACAGCCCCCAGCAGCCCCUGGGCAAGGACUCCAAGCCUCAGGGCUUUGCCCUGCCUGAGCUGGAGCACAACCUGCAGCUGCUCAUUGACAUCACAGAGCAGGAGAUCAUCCAGAGCGACCGGCAGCUGCAGUACGAGAGGGACAUGGUGGUCAACCUGAGCCACGAGAUCCAGAAGAUGGCUGAGGUGCUGUCCCACGAGGAGAAGGCCAUCAGCAACCUCAGCAAGGUGCUGGACAUGGUGGAGGAGUGUGAGAGGCGGAUGCAGCCAGGCUGUGAGAACCCUUUGACCCUGGAUGAGUGUGCAAAGAUCUUUGAGACCCUGCAGGACAAGUACUAUGAGGAGUACAGGAUGUCAGACAGGGUGGACCUGGCAGUGGCCAUAGUUUAUCCUCUCAUGAAGGAAUACUUCAAGAACUGGGAUCCCCUCAAGGACUGUACAUAUGGCACAGAGAUCAUAGCCAAGUGGAAGAGCCUUCUGGAAAAUGAUCAGCUGUUAUCCCACAGCGGGCAAGACCUGUCAACAGAUGCUUUUCACAGACUGAUGUGGGAGAUCUGGAUGCCAUAUGUCAGAAACAUCGUGGCGCGGUGGCAGCCAAGGAACUGCGGAUCCAUGGUGGAUUUCCUGGAUAGCUGGGUGAACGUUGUUCCUGUGUGGAUACUGGAUAACAUUCUGGAUCAGCUCAUCUUCCCCAAGCUGCAGAAGGAGGUGGAGAGCUGGAACCCGCUGACGGACACGGUGCCCAUCCACUCGUGGAUCCACCCCUGGCUGCCGCUGAUGCAGGCCCGGCUGGAGCCGCUCUACUCGCCCAUCCGCAACAAGCUGGCCAACGCCCUGCAGAAAUGGCACCCCAGCGACUCCUCUGCCAAGCUCAUCCUUCAGCCCUGGAAGGAUGUGUUCACUCCUGGCUCCUGGGAGGCUUUCAUGGUCAAGAACAUCGUGCCUAAACUCGGAAUGUGUCUGAAUGAGCUCAUCAUCAACCCCCACCAGCAGCACAUGGAUGCCUUUUACUGGGUGAUUGACUGGGAGGGGAUGAUUUCUGUCUCCAGCCUGGUUGGGCUGCUGGAGAAACACUUCUUCCCAAAGUGGCUGCAGGUGCUCUGCUCUUGGCUCAGUAACAGCCCCAACUACGAAGAGAUCACCAAGUGGUACCUGGGCUGGAAGUCCAUGUUCUCAGACCAGGUGCUGGCACAUCCCUCCAUCAAAGACAAGUUCAAUGAAGCCCUUGACAUCAUGAACCGGGCUGUGUCCUCCAGCGUGGGCGGGUACAUGCAGCCGGGCGCCCGGGAGAACAUCGCCUACCUGACGCACACGGAGCGGCGCAAGGACUUCCAGUACGAGGCCAUGCAGGAGCGGCGCGAGGCCGAGAACAUGGCGCAGCGCGGCAUCGGCGCCGCCGCCGGCUCCGUGCCCAUGAACUUCAAGGACCUCAUCCAGACCAAGGCCGAGGAGCACAACAUCGUCUUCAUGCCCGUCAUCGGCAAGCGGCACGAGGGCAAGCAGCUCUACACCUUCGGCAGGAUCGUCAUCUACAUCGACAGGGGCGUGGUCUUCGUGCAAGGGGAGAAGACCUGGGUGCCCACCUCGCUGCAGAGCCUCAUUGACAUGGCCAAGUGAGGCACCUGUGUAAGGGGAAACCACCUGGGUGCCCACCUCGCUGCAGAGCCUCAUUGACAUGGCCAAGUGAGGCACCUGUGUAAGGGGAAACCACCUGGGUGCCCACCUCGCUGCAGAGCCUCAUUGACAUGGCCAAGUGAGGCACCUGUGUAAGGGGAAACCACCUGGGUGCCCACCUCGCUGCAGAGCCUCAUUGACAUGGCCAAGUGAGGCACCUGUGUAAGGGGAAACCACCUGGGUGCCCACCUCGCUGCAGAGCCUCAUUGACAUGGCCAAGUGAGGCACCUGUGUAAGGGGAAACCACCUGGGUGCCCACCUCGCUGCAGAGCCUCAUUGACAUGGCCAAGUGAGGCACCUGUGUAAGGGGAAACCACCUGGGUGCCCACCUCGCUGCAGAGCCUCAUUGACAUGGCCAAGUGAGGCACCUGUGUAAGGGGAAACCACCUGGGUGCCCACCUCGCUGCAGAGCCUCAUUGACAUGGCCAAGUGAGGCACCUGUGUAAGGGGAAACCACCUGGGUGCCCACCUCGCUGCAGAGCCUCAUUGACAUGGCCAAGUGAGGCACCUGUGUAAGGGGAAACCACCUGGGUGCCCACCUCGCUGCAGAGCCUCAUUGACAUGGCCAAGUGAGGCACCUGGGUGCUCAUCUCCCUGCAGAGCCUCUCUGACAUGGCCAAGUGAGGCACCUGGGUGUUCAUCUCCCUGCAGAGCCUCACUGACAUGGCCAAGUGAGGCACCUGGGUGCCUACCUUGCUGCAGAGCCUUGGCCAAGUGAGGCCCCACUGGGGAUUGAGUCACCUCCCAGGAGCAGCCUCUGGGUAAUCCUUAGAAUAAACAAGUUCCAGGUUUGUAAAUAGUGACACUGGAGCUGGAUGCCAGGUUUUGUUGGAAGAGCUGUUCAGGCAGUGGGAAGAGGAUGGAGGGCCAGACUUCCCCUCCUGGGAAUCCAGGUUAAGGGAGCAGUGCUGACAC